AUGGAUUCCAAACAGAUGGUGCAUAUGAAUCAAGGAGAAAUGGAAACUAGCUAUGCUCGCAACUCCAGUUUUCAGAGUGCUGAGCAGAACAGGAUGAAGCCCCUGAUGGAAGCUGCGAUUGUUGAUGUAUGCAGCAACACAAGCACCUUGUUGUGCGGAAAGAUGGUGAUCGCAGACUUGGGCUGCUCCUCUGGCCCAAACGCGGUAGCACUGGUGUCGAUCGCCCUCGAGGCCACCCGCAACCACUUUCUUCAGUUGCGACAGACACCUCCGGAAGUCAGUCUACUCCUUAAUGAUCUCCCAUACAAUGACUUCAACAUAGUGGUGAAGAGCCUGGUUGCUCUCCGGCAAAUCAACGAGCCUGUUGUUGUAGCUGGUGUUGUACCAGGGUCAUUCUACGAGAGGCUCUUCCCUAGUGGCUCCGUGCAUCUUUUCUGUUCAUCCAACAGCAUUCAUUGGCUCUCAAAGGCUCCUGAUGCUUUAAGGAUAAGCCAAAUCCCUGCAUAUGAUAUCGAUGAGAAUGUUAGGCAUGAAAGACUCCCAGUGGUCGCUGGAGCUUAUGCACGGCAAUUCAGGAAAGAUUUCACAAUCUUCCUGAAGCUGAGAGCCAAAGAAUUGGUCCCAGAUGGCCGGAUGGUUGUUUCCCUUGCGGGGAGGCGUUCUGAUGAGCUCGUCAGCGAAAUCUCUCAUGUCUGGGGAACUGCAGCUCAGAUUUUAGGCAUCAUGGUCUCAGAGGUAAAUGCAGAACUUCACCUUUCAACCAUUUUGUCAAUUGCUAACAAGCAUGUGAGUGUUUGA